AUGAAGCACACUUCGCCACAGCCAAUCCCGAUACGUGGCCUAUCUCACGUAGUGGGUUCGUCCAAAACAGCACGCGCCAGCCGACCGGCCAGGGUUCAGGGUGGCCUGGGCGCUCCGCCGUCGGACGGGCCCAGCGGGGACAUACGGGUGCUUCUCAAAAUUUGCCGGUCUCCUUCGCCGAUACCCGGAAGUCCUUCGCAGACCGAGAUGGACAGCAACUGGUGGGACCCGAUGAACUUCCUGCAGGAUCAACCGACCCCGCAGUGCUUGCUCAGGGUCAAGAAGGACAUCGCCGAAUUCAACGCGCAGCCACCGGCGAGGUUGUUCAUCUCGCCCGAAGAGAGCGACGUCACCCAAGUCCACGUGCUCAUGCUCGGAGCGCCCGGUUCCCCGUACGAAGGCGGAUUCUUCCAGUUCUUCGUCAAAUUCCCGCCAAACUACCCGCUGAGCCCGCCCCGCGUGCGCUUCCUCAACACGGACGCAGGUAGAGUUCGCUUUCACAUACACCUCUACAACUGCGGCAAGGUGUGCGUGACCACCCUGGGUACGGCGGGAACAGCGUCCGACUGGAGCCCAGCUCAGUCGCUGUCCAGCACGCUCGUCUCCAUCCAGUCGUUGCUGAGCGACAAGCCGUACUUCGACGCGCUGAGGCAGGAAAAGAAUCCGGGCGACAGCGACAGGUACAACACCUUCGUCCAGUACGAGACGAUCCGGGUGGCCGUGUGCGACCAGGUGGACGCGGCUCUCAGGGAGGACGCCAAGUGCCCGCCAGCCUUCAGGAAGAUUAUACUCGAGUCGUUCCUCGAAUGGUACAGCAAGUACGAAGACGCCGUCAAGUACGAGACACUGCUGACAAGACUGCAGACUCUCAAGGAGAAGGUGCAGAAAAAGAAGGAGGAAGAAGAAGCUGCUGCUGCCGAGGCGGCUGCUGUUGCUGCUGAGAACGAAGUCGAGUAG